AUGCGCCUCCUCUCCAUCCUCUCGCUCUUCGCCAUUGGCGCCCUCGCACACGAGGGACACGACCACUCCAACUCGACCUCCAACUCGACCGCCAACUCGACCGCGUCCGGGUCCAUGAGCGCCGCAGUCCCCUUGUCCUCCGCCCCGGCGCCCACGCAACCCAGUGGAGCUGAGCGCCUCGCCGCCGGCGGCGUUGCCGCGCUCGUCGUCGCUGCUGUUGGGAUGGCGCUUUAG